CCGUCCGUCACCUCUGUACACACUACCCCCCACUAAGAGGCUAAUGGCCGGGGACGCCUAAUCCUUCUCAAAACAACCACAGAGAUGCUAAUUGUAUCAAGCUUUAAAUACAGGUUGACUUCUUGUCCCCUUUCUUUAUUCGGUCCUACUCUGGAACCCUGGAGUGGCCGCAGCCGCCGGUGUGUGUCGGUUUACCUCCAACUUUUACCACAAUACCAGGAGCCAGUCCCUGACACCAGACACACUGGACAUAGACGCAGCCCGGCGCACACGCCUGUCCAAGACGCACCGCGCCGGAGACACGGAACUUUACGCACGGAUCCGUUUCAUGCAUCCGGUCCAUAUUUAAGAACUUUUCGAUCGAGCUGAGACAAAACAAGUCAGCAUGUUCCCUCUUCCGAUGUUCACCCCGGACCAGGUGGCCCGGGUCUGCGAAAACCUGGAGGAGACCGGGGACAUCGAGCGCCUGGGCCGCUUCCUUUGGUCCUUGCCGGCCGCGGUACCGGGUUCAGCCGGGGAAGCCCUGAACCGACACGAGUCCGUGAUGCGGGCCAGAGCUCUGGUGGCGUUCCACGGAGGAAACUUCGAGGCUCUUUACCAGAUCCUGCAAAGCCACCGUUUUACGCGCGAGUCCCACGCGAAGCUCCAGGACCUGUGGCUGGACGCGCACUACCGAGAGGCGGAGAGGCUGAGGGGCAGGCCCCUGGGGCCGGUGGAGAAGUACCGGAUCCGCAAGAAGUUCCCCCUGCCCCGAACCAUCUGGGACGGAGAGCAGAAGACCCACUGCUUCAAGGAAAGGACUCGCAGUUUACUGAGAGAGUGGUAUCUUCAAGAUCCGUACCCGAACCCAUCCAGGAAGCGUCACCUGGCCCAGGCCACAGGACUCACACCCACUCAAGUCGGCAACUGGUUCAAGAACCGACGCCAAAGAGACCGCGCUGCCUCCGCAAAAAACAGACUUCAGCAGGACCCGUCCCUCUUGCCCUCUGAGAGCUCCCCUGAAGGCCCCCUCCAGGAGCGCCGCCACCACCCCCACCUGCUGCCUGCGUCCCCCCAGCGCCUCGACAGCCCCGAGGCCAGCGACUCCAGCACCGGGGCCGAACACAGAGGAACAGGGGCAUCCACCCCGGAGAUCUCAGUCAGCAGCGACAGCGAGUUUGAGUCUUAAGACGCUGGACUAUUUUACACGGACAGAUUCUGGUUUCCUGCCGAGAGCAACGUCCGACAUCUGCCACGGUGAAAUAAAUAUCCAAGACACUUGAACUGUCUGUGGCUGUGGACGCUAGAGGCAAUAUCAGUGGGAGGAAUGCAAGGAUAAUAUGGCUCUGAGCGACGAUGUAAAGUCACAAUAUGCAAAAAUAUAAUGCACUUAAAAGAGUGCCAUGGCACAUGACCUUGACUGUUACAUGAGUUAAUGUUCCAGUGGGUAAUUUCACAUCAACAACAGUUUUUUUUUUUUUUUUUUUAAAUCUCUCACACAAAGUAUUUAUAGAGGUGAAGCCAAUGGCCUAUAGAUAAUGUGAAGAUCCAGUAUAUUGCAAGUUUUGACGCUGUUUUCAGUAAAUAUUUUGAGAUAGAUAACUUUCUAAUAGCUGUGUGACCUAUAUAAGCCAUUUGUUUGCAAUAAGACACAACAAAAACUGUGGGCUAUCGCUGUAUCCUUACAUGCACAUUUGGUAAUUUGACCAUAUUAAAUCUUCAAUAACAUCCAUCUUUUUCAUGUAAACCUGAAUCCUAAGCAAAGGUUCACUUAGGAGUUGUAACAAAGUUAGUGCAAGUCAAAACCGUAUGUGUUAGACUUCAUUUGAAUUGUAACAUCUUUUAGCUUUGUGUUUAGCAUACGGCACUACAAAACUAAGAGGGUUAUUCAAAGUAUUCAGUUUUAUUUUUAGUAUUAAUAACCAAUGUAACACAAUUCAGCGCCUUAAAAGGAACUAAAAGGAACUAAAGGGCAUCACACUUGAAUAAUGCAAUGAUAAAUAUGUUUAGACAGACAUGACCUUAUGUAAUUAAUGAUAUAAUGUGACAUGUGAUGUGCUGCUCAAAAAACUUUUUCUUAUCAGCUGUUGUUCUCAGUUUUGAGGAUGGUUCGAAGGCUUUUUGUGGGGAUAAAAAAAAAAAAAAAAGUGCUCCUGAGCUGCUCUGGUGAUGAAUUCAUGCAGGAGCUGAAAGAAAAGAAGAUGAAACCGAGGGAAUAUAAAGCACUAACCGGUCUUAACUCAGUGUGCCUAUUAUAUUUGAGAACAGUGAGACCUCCACACAUACUCCAAGGCCUACUGUUUGCUUUCUUACAACCAUCAUUUCUCAUAGUCAAUUCCAAAGGAAACGUGUAUUUUGUAAAUGUUUAAUGUAAAUAAAUUGACCUAUUUUUAUUCAA